ACAAGACGUCCAGGCCAGGUGUCGAAUUGGUAGCUUGGGACAUGGCAGCAGGGGUGUGCGGCGGAGAGCCCCUGGUGUUCCGGCUACAAGGCGGCGGUCCCGACCUGGUCAGGGAGGUGCUGUUGGAGCGGGGCUGGGUGGAGUUCGACCAACAGGAGCAGGAGGAGGGCGACUGGAACCUUCACUGGCGUGCCUCCACUUUCCGGGGCGCAGACUACGAAACCGUUUUGCCCUGGCAGAGGCUCAACCACUACCCGAAGACGGGGGGCAUAACACGUAAGGACUGUCUAGCCAGGAACCUGAAGAGGAUGAAAGGCACUUUUGGUGCUACUCCUUACGACUUCAGUCCCACCGCUUACAUCCUCCCAAAUGACUACACGAGGUUCCUGGCGGAAUACACCAGUCAUCGGCUGGGAAAACGAGGGAGACCGGGGUACUGGAUUUGCAAGCCCGUGGAUCUGUCCAGGGGAAGGGGCAUAUUUAUUUUUGAGGACAUUAAAGACUUGACAUACGACUCGUCGGUCAUCGUACAGAGGUACGUGACCAACCCGCUGCUGAUCUCAGGGUAUAAGUUUGACCUUCGUAUCUAUGUAUGCGUGAAGAGUUUUCACCCUCUCACUAUCUACAUUCACCAAGAGGGUCUGGUGCGGUUUGCAACAGAGAAGUAUGACCUAACUUCCUUGGACAACCUUUAUGCUCAUCUGACCAACACCAGUAUAAACAAAUUUGGGCCGUUCUACACCAGAGACAAAGAGCAAGUUGGUCAGGGGUGUAAGUGGACAAUGAGUAAAUUCCGCUGCUUUCUACGCAACCAAGGCAUUGAUGAGCUCCUCCUGUGGCAAAGGAUCAACAGCAUAGUUACCCUUACAUUGUUGACCAUCGCACCUUCCAUUCCCCGCAGUCCGAACUGCGUUGAGCUCUUUGGCUUUGACAUUCUAAUCGAUGCCAACUUCAAGCCAUGGCUCCUUGAGGUGAACUACAGCCCCGCCCUGUCCCUUGACUGCCCGGCAGAUGUGACAGUGAAGAAGGGACUUCUCAAUGACCUCAUUGAUUUGAUGGCCUACAGGAAGGUGGAUAGCCUUCGACAAAGAGCCUACUUGAGGCAGCGGUACCGGCAGCUUUCCCAUUUUAGCCAUCGGUGUACGCAGCCAUCAUUUUCCCCUGUGCAGCUGUUUCCCAGGUUUGUGAACGAGUCACAUCCUGAUGACCAAGGUGAAUGCGAGUCCGACUUUGUCGCCCAGCAUGGCGAGAGUCCGGGGCGCUCCAAUUCCAAAGAACUCCUAUUAGUUGAGACGAGGCAAAUAGGAUCUGCCUGGGAAAAUGGCACCCUUUCCUCCCGCCCAUCUUAUGCACCCCAACUCAAACCCCGCCCAAAGACAAAGGCAGCCAGGGUAGAGGGGGACAGAAGGACACACCCUCUGAUCUCACGAACAUCAGAGCCUGUUCCGUGCACUGAGCCCACAGACUCGGAAGCCUUCUUUGGAAACGGAGCGCUGGCUCCACUCGACACCGUCAAGCAGCCCUCGCCGCUGGGCUUGUGGAGGCUGCCUACCAUUCGGAUUCAGAAAUACAUGCCUCAACCCUACACGUGGGACCGCGCGACUAAGGAAAAGCGCAAGCCCCUGCCCCGCGUAGGCGACUUCAUACUUACGUUCCCCUUCAACGAGGCCACUCUCAAGGCCUCGCAGAACAAGCUGGACGUGAAGACCGCGGUGCAGGAGGUUCACAGAAUUACCAGCUGGUUUGCCUCCCCACGCAGCCACGUGGUGAAGCGAAAGACAGUAGGCAGCCAGGACAGGUGCAUGGAGAAGGACAGGUUUGGAGCACUGUUUUGGGGGCCGAGGAACCCACCGCUGCUUAGUGAGUGUUGCCCCACGAGGUGAUUGGGUGCCACUAGAACUGUGCUUUCCAGAAACCUUCGAAAAGGUCUGAUUUGUACUGUUGCAUGACCCUUUCGAUAAGUAUCACACAACACUGUUCUGUGUUGUCACCUCUACAAUUUUUUUAUGUCAUAGACAGCAUCAUACUUUGUCUGGGCGGCCUGUAGCGUAGUGGUUAAGGUAAAUGGGACAGGCAAGGUCAGGGGUUCAAAUCCCAGUGUAGCCACAAUAAGAUCCGCACAGCCGUUGGGCCCUUGAGCAAGGCCCUUAACCCUGCAUUGCUCCAGGGGAGGAUUGUCUCCUGCUUGGUCUAAUCAACUGUACGUCGCUCUGGAUAAGAGCGUCUGCCAAAUGGAAAUAAUGUAAUGUAAUAAUGUCUGGCAGUGUGAUCGGACAGCCAGAUGGAUCACUGAAAUUCAUUGUCAGCAGGUUUUUGCUCCACUUCAUUAUUUUGGUUUUGACUGGUGUUGUUGAACUGUUGGAAUAUAAAUAAUAAGCAUUGUAAGUAGGAUGCAGGGAAAUAUGCGAUUAAUUAAAUCAAUUGAACUGGUCAGCCAACAUUGUAAAAAAAGUUGCUUCAUCCAGCAUGUAAAGCAUCUGUUUAAUUAGGCUAGAACAUAUUCACUCUCUUUUUCCCUUGUUUGGUUUAUGGGACAGAUGGACUAUCAUCUUUUUUCCCGUUCAUGUCAUUUUUAAAAUGAUUAUUAUUUUAUUAUUAAAAAUUUCACGAAUGUAAACUUUAGCAGAUUAGCGCCUCGUUACCGUAGACAACAGAACCCUCCCUGCAGGCUUUUUGCCAAAGUGCAAAACAUCUUGCAACGCCUUCAUUUCUGUCAUAUGACACUCGUCAAAAGGGUUGUGUGACAAAGUAUAAAUCAGGCUUUAAGAGACAAUAAGAUACACAGUACCUUUGAAAGUUCUAAAACAAAUGACAAAAUCUUAAUCAUGUUUUAAUAAACCUCUUUACAAAUCUA